AUGCCUGUAGGGUCCGCAGCGAAACCCUCCAAGUUUACACCACCAUCCAAGGAGUAUCGUUUGCCACGUGUCACGCCACCACCAGUCAAGCCGCCGCCAAAACGAAUGACAUUAGUACCCACGGCAGAGGGUGUCUUCCUCCGCUCCAACAUGUUUCCCCCCAACAUGUUUCCCCCCAACCUGUUUCCCCCCAACAUGUUUCCCCCCAACCUGUUUCCCCCCAACAUGUUUCCCCCCAACCUGUUUUCCCCCAACCUGUUUCCCCCCAACCUGUUUUCCCCCAACCUGUUUCCCCCCAACCUGUUUCCCCCCAACCUGUUUCCCCCCAACCUGUUUCCCCCCAACCUGUUUCCCCCCAACCUGUUUCCCCCCAACCUGUUUCCCCCCAACCUGUUUCCCCCCAACCUGUUUCCCCCCAACCUGUUUCCCCCCAACCAGUUUCCCCCCAACCUGUUUCCUCCCAACCUGUUUCCCCCAAACCUGCUUCCUCCCUCCCCGAUCAGCAAAAUGGCGACCAAGGGCCAUCCGAACCAGAUCAACGAGAUGGCGACAAAGAGCCAUCCGAACCUGGUGAGGCUGCUGGGGUACUGCUUUGACAUGAGCUACGAGGCGGAGCGCAUGGAGCAGAUUGUCGUCUAUGAGUUCAUGGCCAAUGGCGACCUCGACCGCUGGAUCGGACCCGACGCACCCCACCAGCUCACAAUGCAGCAGCGGCUGGGCAUCCUGACGGGCAUGGCGCGGGGGCUGGAGUAUCUGCACAGCUUCAGCAUCGUGCAUCGCGACAUCAAGCCCGCCAACGUGCUGCUGGACGCGCGCAUGCACGCCAAGCUCGCUGACUUUGGGCUGGUGCGACUUGGGGAAGGUACAUCUGUGGCCGCUACCCGAGUCAUGGGCACGCCGGGCUAUGUGGACCCCGCUUACUACCGCUCCCACAAGGCCACUCCCAAGGCCGACGUGCACAGCUUCGGUGUGGUGAUGCUGGCAGUGAUCACGGCUCGCAAGGCCAUCUACAACCAAGUCAACCUCAAGCAGUGGGUAGCAUCCCUGGUGGCAGCAGGGGACGUGGCGGCACUAAAGGACCCGCACCUGCAAGUACCGGACGACCUGGUGCUGCGCAUGGCACGCCUGGCGCUCACCUGCACCGCCAUGCCCACGGCGUCCCGCCCGGGCAUGAGCCGUGUGCUGGCAGAGCUGCUGCUGCUCAAGGAGGAGUUCUUCGGGGAGGACGAGGACCGCAUGGCUGCCCGCAUCGACCACGAGAUUGAGAGCUCCGAGCAGGUCGACUUCAGCUUGGAGCUGGCUCGUAUUGAGGGCAUUCAGCAUGUGAGUUAG